AUGUCUGUUACCAUUACUGCGGCCUUAUCAGCAUGCUCUCCUGCUAACCAUUCACUAAGAACAACAUUGGUGACAAAGAUUAGUGGAGGAUCAGACAAUGUGAUUCCUCUUGGCAUGAAAUCAGAAACGAAACCGUGUUUUAGGGGGUUGAGGGUUACAGCAAAGACCCAAGCACUUGAAAAGAUCAAGGAUGACUGCGUUUAUCGGGGAAACUUCACAAUCAGAUCGUUUGAGAUUGGCCCUAAUCGGAUGGCAACUAUAGGAACAUUCUUGAAUCAUUUACAGGAAUCAGCAGCUAACCAUAUUAGGGAUAUUGGGCUGGUGGGUGAUGGAUUUAAUUCGACGCCAGAGAUGAGUAAAAGAAAUCUAAUAUGGGUUGUUUCUAAGAUGCAGGUUAUCGUAGAUCGGUAUCCUUCUUGGGGUGAUGUUGUUGAAAUAGAUACCUGGUUUGGUGGUGCGCCUAUAAAGAAUGGUUUCGCUAUGCAUUGGCUUCUUCGUGAUGCCAAUACUGGUGAAACUCUCGCUCAAGCUAACAGUGUGUGGAUUAUGAUGAAUAAAAACACAAGAAAAUUGUCUAAAAUCCCAGAGGAAGUUAGAGAUGAAAUAACACCUCAUAUAAAGGAUUAUCGUAUCUGGGAUGACAUCAAACUGUCAAAGCUUCAUGACAACGAAGCUGACUCUGUACAAACUGGUGUAAUUGCACAAUGGAGUGACUUAGAUGUUAACCACCAUGUGAAUUUUGCCAAGUACGUUGGAUGGAUUCUCGAGAAUUCUCCUAUUCCGAUCUUAAAAAGCCAAGAGCUUUAUGACCUGUCUCUAGAGUUUAGAAAGGAAUGUGGAGUAGGCGAUGAGCUAAAGUCUUUAACAAGAGUUGUUGAAACUGAUAGUCAUACGGAAUGUCAACACAUGCUUCAAUUUGAGAGCGGAGGGGAGGUUAUGAGGGGAAAAACUAAAUGGAGGCCAGCUAAACAAACCAAUGUUGUAAACCUUUGGAGUCUGACUAAAUAA